AAACACAUGAUAAGGAGAUACAUGCUCUGUCUGCAUAUAUAAAUAGUCGUAGAAACUUCUUACUUUAUUAUAUUACUUUACACGCUAUCAAAUCAUUGACAGUCGUUCCAAUUUAAAUUAUCUGAAUUUUAUUUUGUAAAGUUGCAAGUAAAAAGUCACGCGAAGAUGGCAACAGUUCAAGCAAUUGGAGAAUAUAAACUCGGAAAAGUUUUGAAUGAAGGAAAAACAAAACAGAUUUUUGACCUUCCUAACAAUUCCGGGUAUGUCUUGCUAUUAAACAAGGACCGUAUAUCAGCACAUAAUGGAGUUCGAAUGCAUGAUUUGGAUGGCAAAGCUGAAAUUUCGAAUAAAACAAAUGCAAAGGUCUUUGAGCUCUUGAAUAAGGCAGGCGUUAGAACAGCUUUUGUUAAGCUUGCAUCUGACAAGGCAUUUAUUGCCAAGAAAUGUGAUAUGGUUCCAAUUGAAUGGGUUACAAGACGAUUGGCAACUGGAUCAUAUUUAAAGAGAAAUCCAGGCAUUCAUGAAGGUUUCCGAUUCUGUCCACCCAAGCAGGAAACUUUCUUCAAGGACGAUGCCAAUGAUGAUCCACAAUGGAGUGAAGAGCAAAUUAUUGCUAAAGGAUUCAAAGUCAAUAAUUUAUUGAUUGGUCAAGAUGAGGUUGACAUAAUGAGACAAACAACAAUUCUCGUCUUUGAGAUUCUAGAACGUGCCUGGAUGACAAGAGAUUGUGCCUUAAUCGAUAUGAAAAUUGAAUUUGGUGUCGAUGAGACAGGAGAGAUUCUUGUUGCUGAUGUCAUUGAUUCUGAUUCGUGGAGAUUAUGGCCAUCAGGUGACAAAAGAUUGAUGGUUGACAAGCAAGUUUACAGGAACUUGACUAAUGUUACAGCAAGUGACUUGGAAACUGUUAAGAGAAAUUUCCAAUGGGUUAAUGAUCAGCUUGAAGGUAUUGUACCUAUAAAUGAUCAUCUUGUUGUGAUUAUUAUGGGAUCACCAUCUGAUAAAGAUCAUUGUGAGAAGAUUGCUAAGUACUGCAAGGAUCUUGGACUUAAUGUUGAAAUGAGAGUUUCAUCAGCUCAUAAAGUCACAAAAGGCACAUUACAAAUUAUGUCAGAAUAUGAAGGAGUUAUUAAGAAUUUAGUAUUUGUCACAGUUGCUGGACGUUCAAAUGGUUUAGGUCCAGUUCUUUCUGGAAAUACAUCAUUCCCAGUCAUCAACUGUCCACCAAUUAAUACAAGCACAAUGAAUAUCGACUUGUGGUCAUCAAUUAAUUUGCCAUCAGGCUUAGGAUGUGCCACAGUAAUUUAUCCGGAAGCAGCAGCUCUUAAUGCUGCUCAAAUUUUGGGUCUCUCUAAUUACAUGAUCUGGUCGCGUCUACGAGUGAAAAUGGUCAGUAACUUGAUUUCCUUGAAAAAGGCUGAUCAAGAAUUGCGUGGAGUUAAACAAGCUUAAAAAUUAAGGAUUUCAUAUCAUCUUUUAUUGCCAUGAGCAUGCUUUCGAAUCAAUCUUUAUAAACAUUCAUAGACUGUAACAUUAUUUUUUGGUUUUAAAUAAAUUUCUUUUUUAUACAUUCUACUUUUUGGUAUUUUUGUUACUUUGUGGAACUGAUUCUGGAUUCAAGCCGCACUUUUUCAUUUCAACAGCAAUAUUGAAUAAAUAAUCAUAACAUUCACAUUGAGUUUUUGCAGCCUGCCAAGACUUUCCCCAAACAUAAAGCCCAUGACGGCGAACGAGAACAGCAGACGUACCUGGAUAUUCUUCAAUUGCUUUCUUUAAACUUUCCUCAAGAUCCUUCUCAAAGGGAGUAUUGUCGAUUAUUGGAACGACAAGCUCUUCGUCAUAACGCAAGUAACGGCCCAACUCGUAGUCGAAUAUUCCCUAAAUUCAUCACAAUGAUUAAUUAAGAUUUUGUGAGACCUGUACAUGAAUUAAUUACCUUAAUCAUUUCCUGGUAAGUUAUUCUAAACACCUUUCCAGGCCAAAGAAGUGUGGCCAUAACAGCAUUGGGAGAAUGUGUAUGAAUAACAGACCCAGCAUUUCUUUCUUUGUAAGCAACCAUGAAUAAUGGUGUACAUUGACUUUUCUUGAGCUUCUUGUAUUCGGGU